CGGGCUCUAGUAGCGCGGGGCGUGGGGCUGAGUGGUGGCAGCAGCUCCUCCGGCUCCAGAUCGGUCUCCAGGGACGCAACCCGGAGACCCAAGCCCUGCCAGGCCCUGGUCCAGAAGCCGUCUGCGCAGGCCCCAAUGCCAGGCCCCAGCCUCUUGCCGCUGACCUGCCUGGCCCUGCUUUCUACGGCCUUGCUGCUCACAGCCACUUGGACCGACUGCUGGGUGGUUAACUCCGACGACAGCCUGGAGGUAAGCCACAAGUGCCAGGGGCUGUGGCGGGCGUGUGUCACCAACCUACUGGAUGGGAUCCGGACCUGUGACCAGUACGAUUCCAUCUUGGCCACACAUCCACGGCGUCGCGUGCUGACCAGGUCUUUGUUGCUCGUGGCUGGGCUGCUGUGUAGCUUUGGGCUGGUGGCGCUGCUCCUCACUCUGAUCCAGGCCCAGUUUCUGGGGAAUGAGCCCAGAACUCGGGUUCGCCUGGCCUGGGCAGCUGGCUGUCUCCUGGGGGCUGGAGGAUUCCCUGGAACACUGGGCUCCCUCUGGUUUGCUGUGGAGGUGGCUAUGGAGAGAAUCCUCCCGACUCAGCCCAGGGGACCCCUUACUGGCUACUACGAGUGGGGCUGGUCAUGCUGGUUAGGCAUUCUGGGAUCUGCUGGCUGCAUGGCCACUGCCUUGGGCCUGGCCUGCUGUCUCCCAAGCCUCUGGGUGCCAGGCAGGAGGAUCCCUGGGCAUCAAAUGAGGAGCCGACUUCACCCCCAGGCCAUAUAUGUCCUGGACACCAGCGUCUAAAGCCUUAGCCACCUCAGCCUUGUCAUCACUGCCACAGUUUAGUCUUAGAGCCAGAGGGGAGCUUAGAGGUCAUCAGGGCCCAGCCCAGCAUGCGGUUUUAUUUUUGGAAGUUUUAACAGUAUCUUUUGUUUUUAGGCUGCAUUCACUUCCCAAUGCACCUCUUUCCUGCCCUCCUACCCAGCAAGAAUUCCCUCAUAACAAAGGUUCCCCUCCCCAAAUAUAGCCAUUUAGAAGAACCAACCAAAGAACCUCAACUUUGUCUAGAAUUACAUGCAAAUCAGCAAGCAUUUAUUAAGUGCCUAUUAUGUGCCAAACCCUGUGCUUAGCCCCCGGGAUACAAAGGGGGGGGGGGGAUAGUCCCUGUUUUCAAGAAGCUCACAGACUAGUGGGGGGGAAACAUGCCAACAACUAUACAAAAACAAGGUAUAGACAGGAUAAACUGGAAAUAAUCCAGUAGGGCAGCAUUCUACACUUAUACAACAUUCAUAAUACAACAGUCUACACCCAUAAUCCUUUGCCUCUCUAUUGAAAGGUGGGAAGUACAUAAGAUCAUCUCAUCUCUAGGGCCAAAGUUGAUCGUUAUAAUUAUGCAGUUGUGGCAAAUAAAAUGAAUAAAGGUAAAUUGAAGUACAAAA